AAAAUUUAUCACUCUAUCUUGUAUUCCCUCUUUUGUGUCUGGGUCUGUUAACAGUCUCCCACCUGCCUUUCCAUUUCCGACUUCAGGCCGGCCGGCCUUUUAUGUUUCUCUUCUCAGGUUAUCUGAACAGAGAAAUUGUUCUUAUUUGUUUUAACCUCAUGUUCUCCCUAAAAUAAAAUAAGCAAGCUAAUGAGAUGAGCUACCUUCAAGUCACUUCAGUUCGGCCUUCUUUGCGUGUUCCGAUACAGUAUAACACACUCCGUGGAUCAGCUAUACACUGCAUUGCUCCAGUGAACAUAAAUAAUCUUCAUAGAGCGCUAAAAUCUACUCUUGGUUCAUCAAAGAAAUGCACAGAGUUAAUGAAAUCUUUCGUGAUACAAAGAACGUCUUCUUAUCAACGCUGCACACCUGUAUGUUCAUUUGGUGGCAAAGGAGAAUCAAAAAAUAGCAAUGAGGGUUCCCCAUGGAAAUCUAUUGAGAAAGCUAUGAGUAGCUUUAAAAAGGAACAGUCACUAGAGGAUGUGCUACGACAACAGAUGGAGAAACAAGAAUACUAUGACGGAGGCAGUGGUGGAGAUUCUUCUGGUGGCGGCGGCGGCGGCGGGGGCUUUGGCGGAACAGAGGAUGAAGGCUUUGCUGGGAUGUUUGAUGAAGUACUGCAAGUAAUCCUUGCCAUCAUUGCUCUUAUUGUUCUGUACUUGAACAUCAUCGCUGGUGACCAGGUUAUGCUCUUCAUAACAGAUACCUUUGACUUUCUAAUUGGCAAAAAGGGUCCGCGUUUAAGGACCAUAAUGUACGAGUUUGCUGAAUUUUAUCAGAAGUUUAGAGCCAAAGUCCCAUAUGAUCCAUAUUGGUUAGAAAAGGAAAUAAUCCUUACCCCUACAUGGUGGGAUAGUCCUACAAAGUAUAGACGCAUGCUUAAGGCUGCUACACGUGCAGAGAAGUCUUCAAAACGUAAGAUAGAUAGUGAUAGUGAUAGUGACGAUAAAUCUUACACUGACAACAUGCACAGUGAUAACGCUUAUGGGGAGGAUUCAGAUGAUGACAACGCGUACGCUAAGAAGACAUACAAUGAUGAAGAUGACGAUGAUGAUGAUGACAAUGCCUAUAAUCAAGAUGUUGAUGAUGACUACUAAAUUAGUUUCAAGUCAUCCACUUUUACCUUUGGGAUCGGAGUUUGUGAUUAAAAGGUCAAUGGUUUGUCCAUGGUUUGAGAUUUGCAUGAGAAAGUAUGAACAAAAAACCAUACUUUAUUUAGCCUUUGUCAUCGUUUUGUUACCAUUUAAUGCUUGUAGGAUUAAUCUAUAUAGCCUGCCCCAUUUUUGAGGACAAAUAUUCGUGGCCCCCCCAAAUGGUCCAGUUAAGAACGGGCUCAUCGAGGUACCUAGUCGACCAUUAGAUGGCUGCUUCUUUCAUUUCCCUUGGGCAACAUCCAUGGCUUAAGCAUUUAUGUAUCGGUAUUUUUUUUAUUUUUAGCAUCUGUGUGUUGUAGUUCCUAAUUAGCAAAUAGCAAAAUAAGUAGAGCGAAAUAACGGUGAA